UAUUUUAUCCGAACGAUGUAAAUUUUUUUAAUCUCAGCCCAAGGGUCGAAGAGAUUGUGUUGUUUUGUGUUACAGAAAAAAGCUGCUGUGGCAAUUGGUUUAUGAACGAAGAUCAUCUUUGGAAAAUUGGAGUGUUGUGACAAGAAGUGUCAACUGAAUCGAGAUGGCUCCUAAACGUAAUAAUGAAGGCAAAAAUUCAUUGCCUUUGAAAAAGGCACGUGUACGAAAAGGCAGAAUUCUGGACAAAGGCGACCAGAAAACGCGAAAGAAUUCCGGUGGAAUUGCGGGGAAGACGAAGAGAGCAUGCGCAAAGCGUCCCAGACGACAAAGCAAAAUGGCGACCAAUUUUGACAGCGAUGAAAACAACUCAGAUAUUUCCAGCGAGGACGAACGUGGAUUUUUCCAAAUGGCAGAGUCUGAUGAAGACACCGAAGAUGCAAGCGAGACGGACAUGGCGAAACUUGAGGAAGAAUUCAGCGAAUUAAAAGAACAAGUUUAUCAAGAAAAACUCAGCAAAUACAAAAAGCAACUUCAGGAGUUGAACAAUGGCACCCAAGCUGAUUACUUAAAAAGGCUGAAUCAGCUGGAGAAAGAGCGAGAUGACAGGUUGUUUUUAGCAGAAGUUUGCAAGAUGUACGAGAUUGAGAUGAUAAACAAGGAUUGUGAGAAUGAGAAGAAAACAGCAAAGAUUGAAUACGAGAAUAAAAAGAUUGAACUCAAAGAGACACUCCUACAGCAAUUGGAUGAAAAGAAAAAAAGUUUAGAGUUGGAAAAAGUGUCGAUGGAACUCACAAAUGAUAUCUUAGAAAGUAAACCAGCUGUUACAAGAAAGUUAAGACGACGUCCUAAUGAUCCUCCACCAGCGCCCGAGAAAAGAAGAAAGAAUUCACCAAUUCAAAUCAAUUUUCUUCUGGACGAAACUGAAAUGUUGGACGACUUGAAAGCCAUGAAUAAGUUACACACAGUGACGACUGAGACACAAAAGAAUGGUUCAAAGGCAACCAAAAACUCCAACAACAGCGACCAAAACACAAAUCUCGAUAAUCAGGUCGCUGACCCAAUCGUAACGCAUUACGACAUACGUGUGGAGGAUGGAAAAUUGUUCUUUGACAGAAGAUGGUAUCAUAGAGGUCAGCAAGUUUAUGUCGAAUCGAAAGAAAACGGAAAAGUCAGUGGAAUUAUUCAUGCGAUUGGACCGAGCGAGAUCUGCAUAAAAAGAACGAAUGAUAAUAGCAAGAUGAGAAUCACGAUCAGCCAGCUGCAGAAGGGACGAUACACGAUCAGAAGACGGAGCUCAUAAUUCCUCAUGACUCACUAAAAAAAAUGAAAUUCAACUCCUUGCUGCCAUGUAGGAGUCAGAACAAUAACUUAUGAGGAAGUUCCGCAGACCUGUUUUAACCGCAGAGGUCACUGUUCCAAGAAGACCAGAUAAUUACAUUGCGCUCUUCUAAGAGACUUUUUGUGAUUUUUUUAGCACAGUAUUGUUCAUUUUCGCGCUUGGUGAUAAAUGUAUGCAUGAAUACAAUGGGAUAAUUUAAUUGCAAAUUUUUCUAGAAGAAGUUUCAUCACCUUACCGCCAGAAACGAAACUGCGUAAUAGAAUUACCAGCUAAAACUGUUUCAGCUGGCUCAUAGAAAUAAUAGAUAUCUAUUAUUUCUAUGAGCUGGCUACAGUAUUAUACGCGUUUCCCUUCUUUUUAUCACGGAUCCAAGGCUGUAAUGAAAGACUUGGACAUCUAUUCACCUGCGAUCUAUUACACAGCGUAUAGUAUACUAACUGUCGAAAACUUCAUCCUAAUAAUCUCACUGUUUUCGUUAUCAGACCAAAUGUUGCUCAUUUAGAAAAACUGGGACCAACUGCAUUGGUCUUCGUUACCAUCGGCAUUAUUUUCAGUGUUAUUUUGUCUGUCGUAUGUUACUCUAAGUACCACAAGCUGAUGGGAGGAAGAGUCGUCAGUUUUGAAGAAAGAGUCGUCGAAAGACGUAAAAGUGUUUAAAACGACCAGACAAAACUUAAUUAUGUUCAUGCAAUCAUGCAGAAGUAAAUAAUUUAAUGUAAAUGUAAUCACUAUACACCAUAUAUACUAUAGUCAUUGUAGAUUGUUGAGAGAUCGAAGGAUUACA